AUGUCAUCUUCAAAGGAGAUAGGUUCUGGAGUUCCUGCGUCUAGCAAAGGGUCCUGGGCUACUUUUCUCAAGUCCAUUGCCUCGUUUAACGGCGACUUAUCCUCCCUCACAGCUCCUCCGUUUAUUAUCUCGUCCACCUCUCUGGUUGAGUUCUCAGCGUACUGGGCUGAGCACCCGUCCCUGUUAAUCGCCCCGUCACGCGAGCAGGACCCGCAGAAGCGUGCUUUGUUGGUUUUGAAGUGGUUCCUUAGUACUCUGCACCAACAGUACUGCAGCAGAAGUGAGAAGCUAGGGAGUGAGAAGAAGCCAUUAAAUCCGUUCCUUGGCGAGUUAUAUCUGGGGAAGUGGGCAGAUGACGGAGACGUUGGCGAUACUCUAUUGUUUAGUGAACAAGUGAAUCACCACCCUCCUGUUACUGCUUAUGCCAUAGAGAAUCAUAAGCACGGUGUCCAGCUACAAGGAUAUAAUGCACAGAAAGCGUCAUUCUCAAACACGAUUAAUGUAAAGCAAAUUGGCCACGCUCUCCUCUCGUUCCCGACGCCUGGAUCUUCUGAAAAGGAGACAUACCUUAUUUCACUCCCAUCUCUACACAUCGAGUCCUUGAUUUAUGGAACUCCGUUUGUCGAGCUCAACAAGUACACUUAUAUCGCCAGUUCUACAGGAUAUAUGGCAAAGAUCGACUACUCCGGGCGUGGCUGGCUUAGCGGUAAAAAGAACAGCUUUUCUGCCAUUCUCUACAAACACAGUGAAGGGGAAAAACGCCCGCUAUACACCGCCGAUGGCCAGUGGUCGGAUUCAUUCGUUAUCAAGGAUGCUUCAACCAAGAAAGAGAUCGAUAAAUUUGAGGUGAAGAAGUCCAAGACUACUCCCUUAACAACCGCCCCUAUUGAAGAGCAGGAUAUAUACGAAUCCAGACGGGCAUGGAAGGAUGUUGCGGCCGCUGUUGAAAAGGGAGAUAUGGACGCCCUAUCAAUGGCUAAAUCGAAGAUUGAGAACGCACAAAGAGAGCUUCGAAAAAUCGAAGCCGAAGAAAAGCGGGAAUGGGACCGACGAUUUUUCAAACGCAUCGACCUAGAUGGUAGCGAUGACGAAGAGAGCAAUACUUUCAAAAAGCUAUUGAAAAUGGCUGGCCUCGGAGCUGACAGUAGCUCCUCGUCGCCGUCUAGCUUCAUUGAUUCGGAUAAGACCGGUGGUAUCUGGAGGUUUGACCCUUCUCGAGCCAAAGAUGCAAAGUCGCCGUAUCACGCUGAUUCUGCAAAGGGCGUUGGCCUCGCUGUCAACGUAGGAACAGCCAAAUAG